AUGCGUGGAAGAAGAGUUCGAUCUCGGCUUCCACCGCCGCCGUUCAAAGCCAUUUUCUACUUCACCGACAGAUCUGAUAUGAUUCCGCUGCUUUGCGCCGUGGUAACUGCGACACUGAACGGAGUUCUGAUGCCGGUCAUGACUAUCCUGCUCGGUCGCAUCUUUAACGGCUUUUCGCUCUUUUCCAUCGGCCUGAUCGACACCUCAGAGCUUACGAGUGAGACGAACAAGUAUGUCACCGGCUUCACGGUGUUGGGUGUAAUCAGUCUGUUUUUUGGAUGGCUCUUCAUGGCCGCUUGGCAAGCGUUCGGUGAGGCUCAGGCUUUUCGAGCGCGUAUGAAGCUGUUUGAGGGUUUGGUUGGGAAGAAUAUGAUGUGGUAUGACCUUCGAGAGGAAGGCGUGGGUGGACUGACUACGCGCUGUCAGAAGUUGGUGGAGGAUCUACAGACAUCGACUUCGUUUCCUCUGGGCUCAAUCAUUCAGUCACUAGUUACCUGCGUUUUGUCUCUAGCUGUGGCGUUUUGGCACUCUUGGUCGUUAACGCUUGUUAUCUUGGCUUCGAUCCCAUUUGUGAUCGUUGUAAUCACUGUCUUCACGCCGCGAUUACAGAAACAUAUCGAAGAGGAGAAGGGCUAUCUAUCCAAUGCUUCCAGCAUCGUGAGCAGGGCUGUUGCUGCGAUUACCACCGUCAAGGCCUUCAACGGGCAGAAAGGUGAGACAGACAAGUUUUCAGGCGUCAUUGCAAGCGCUGCUCGCUCUUACCGAGCUUUAUGUAAUGUCUCCGCUUUCCAACAUGGUGUGAUAAGAUUCAUUGUACUGGCCAUGUUCGUGCAAGGCUUCUGGUUUGGAUCGUAUCUCGUCAGGAAAGGCAAGUUCUCGUCAGGUGAUGUUAUGACGGUGUUCUGGUCUUGCUUGACAGCUUGCAAUACCUUGCAGAACAUCUCCCCUCAGAUGGUCGUCCUCGAGAAGGGGAAGGCCGCGGGUGACGAAUUGCGUCGUCUGAUGGAAACAUUGGACGAGGAAGGAAGGCGUAUUCAACCGCUACAAGGUGGUGUACAACUUGAUACAGUGCAUGGCGACAUUGAGUUCAAGCAUGUAAGCUUUGCAUACCCUUCAAGACCUGACCAGCUUGUACUCGACGACGUCAGUGUCUUCUUUCCUUCUGGCGAGACAACGUACGUCGUCGGCUCGUCGGGGUCCGGUAAAUCCACAUUGACCGCCCUUCUCCUCCGGUUAUACGAUCCUGCCGCCGGCAACAUUCACAUCGAUGACAAUGCAAUUCAGACGCUCAAGUCGUCUUGGCUAUAUACGAACAUCAGCGUUGUUCAACAGCAGAACGUGCUCUUCCGUGAGAGUAUCUUCAAGAACAUCGCCUUCGGCAAAGGCGGAUCUGGAUUCAUGCAUGUCACGCUUGAUCAGGUCAAAGAAGCUGUGCAGAUGGCGUUACUGCAAGAAACAGUGGCCAACCUGCCAGAUGGUCUGGAUACCCUCAUUGACGAAGGUAGCUUGAGUGGAGGUCAGAAGCAGCGAGUCGCCAUUGCCCGUGCUUACGUUCGCGAUGCACCUGUUCUCAUCUUGGACGAAGCCACCAGUGCGUUGGAUUACAUCAGUCGAGGACUCGUGAACGAGGCGAUUCGCAAGUGGAGGAAGAACAAGACUACAAUUGUCAUUACGCAUGACAUUUCGCAGAUCAAGGAGGACGACUUUGCGUAUGUCUUGAAGGGCGGUAAGCUUGUGCAGGAAGGCUACCGUCAUGAGCUGAUGGAGGAUGAGCAUGGUCACUUUUACAGCCUUGCUCAAGGUCGUGGGGACAACGACAAGGAGACUGAAGACGCGGAUGAUUGGAGUCAGAAAACGAUGACCCGGGCGGGACGGCCGGGCUCUCGUAUGGGCAUGAGUACGUCGAAAUCGGAGCCCAAUGUGGCGCACCGCAUGAACAACAUUUCUGAGGUGGUUAAUGACUGCGUCACUGCUUCUGCAGAUCUACUGAAUCUUGGGACAAAUACAGGGCGAUUGCGUGGUGAAGAAAUGAGGGAAACGCGAUUGAGGAAUUCAGUGAAUUCGGGCAUUCUCCUGGAUCAGCAUGACAAACAUACCAUCACUGAGAAAUUCGUCGAGGCGAAAAGGUCUAAAACGAAAUCCAAGUCGAUUGUCAGUAUCUUUAUCACGGCUUGGCCUUCUGUGAAAGAGAAGGUUGGUCUUGUCGGUGGUUUCGUAGCCUGUGUGGUGAAUGGAUUUGCCACUCCCAUCUUCUCAUUCUGUCUUGCAAAGCUCCUCGCUACCUUUAUCUCCUCUGCUGGAGACUCUUCGCAAUCUACCAAAUGGUCUUUGGCCGUACUUGGAAUCUCUCUGGUUGACGGACUCUCAACGUACGCCAAGGUCUAUCUUCUCGAAUCCGCAGCUCAGUCGUGGGUUGAUACAGCUCGUGUGGAUGCUCUCGUCAGCGUUCUAGCCCAGGAUAAAUCGUGGUUUGACGACAAGUCGCCUGGUACGUACAACAGCGCAGCUACUAUUUCGCAGUACAUCAUCAACGAUGCGGAGGAAAUGCGCAACAUUGUGGGUCGCUUUGCUGGAGCCUAUAUCAUUGCUGGUGCAAUGGUUUUGCUCGGUGUUGUUUGGUCGUUUGCUACUGGUUGGCAACUCACGGCCGUUGGUGUAUCUUUGGCACCAGCAAUGUACUUGGCUACAACACUCUAUACAUGGAUAACAGACAAAUGCGAAGGAAGGUGCAAGGAGGCUUCCACCAGUGCGGGUGGGGCAUUACACGAGUCCGUGUUCAAACUUCAAACGAUCAGGGUCCUCGGUCUCGAGGCGUACUUUAAGAACCGCUACGAUAGAUCGGUGGAUGCUGCACGUAUGGCCGGUAUGCGCAAAUCUUUAUACACCGGCAUGGGUUACGGUUUAUUGGAAGGUAUGGAACACUUAACGAAGGCUUUGAUGUUCUGGUACAGCGGGGUUUUGAUUGCGAAGCAUACCUACUCUGUCACUACGAUGUUGACAGUUGUAACGCUCAUUCUCUUCUCGUUUACCACGGCAUCGCAGACCAUUGGCAUGGUGCCGCAGAUCAGCAAAAGCAAGGAAGGUGCGAAGAAUGUGCAUAACCUCGUCAAUCUUCCCCGAACAUCGCAGGAAGGUGUUGGAGAAGUGCGUUUCCCACUGCGGGGCACAAUCAAGUUUGACAACGUGAGCUUUGCAUAUCCAUCAGGAGAUACCACCUCGCCAACUAAGCCGCAGCUCGCAUUACGCAACGUGAGCUUCGACAUAGCCCCUCAAGAGACAGUUGCUAUUGUGGGGCUGUCUGGAUCCGGCAAGUCGACUAUCAUCGGGCUGCUCCAGCGCCUCUAUCGCCUGCCAGAUAUGGAGUCAUGGGGAAAAGCCAGUAUCGACGGCUCUUGUAUUGGGUCGUUAAACACGGUUUGGUUGCGGAGCAAGAUGGCCAUCGUCAGUCAGACUCCCAUGUUGUUCGAUGCGACAAUCGCAGAAAAUAUUGCAUAUGGGCCGGAUACGUAUGACCAAACUGAUAUCGAGCGAGCCGCAAGGGCAGCAUGCAUCCACGACUUCAUCAUCUCUUUACCAGAAGGUUAUGCCACUCGCCUGGGCGCGGACGGCGGGAACCUUUCUGGAGGUCAAAAACAACGCAUAGCUAUCGCACGUGCUCUCGUUCGUGAUCCCCGCAUCUUGAUUCUGGAUGAAUGCACAAGUGCUCUGGACUCUGAAUCUGCUUAUUUGGUUAUGCAAGCCAUUUCUUCGUUUGUCAAAAGUGCUUCACGUACAACUGUCAUUGUUACGCAUAAGGAGGAUAUGAUGCGCAUGGCGGACAAAAUCAUCGUCAUGAAGAACGGUGAUCUGGUGGAGUCGGGGACAUUUGUGGAGCUCGUUCGAAGAAAGGGCGAACUUUACGGAUUGCUUAAGGCGAAUCAUGGAGGUUAG